CGGGCGCGUGGGUGUUUCUGAGUGGUUUCUUGCAGAUUUCUUUGCCGUCAUUGGUUAAGAAUGACGAGUUUCGUGUGAACUGGGAUAGGGAGGGGGUUGUGGUCAAACCCACAGCGACCUAAACAGCCCCGGGAGGAGAGGAGGGUAGAGAAGAGUUGUCUCAGCAGCAGCUACAGCUGUAGCCCCGCGUUUAAAGCCUGCAUGGGCUCGUCCGUUAGCUAGCUUAGCAUAGUCCGCUGCGCCUCUCCUGCCGCUGAUAACUCCGGGCUUUCUUGCUCCGCGUUUUCCCCUCCGUCCCACCCGGUCGAGCCUGCUCCCCAUUACCCUCUUCGAAGAUGAUGAAGUUCAGAUUUCGUCGGCAGGGCACCGACCCGCAAAGAGAAAAGAUAAAACAGGAGCUCUUCGCUUUUAACAAGACUGUGGAGCAUGGGUUCCCCCAUCAGCCCAGUGCUCUGGCCUUUGACCCCAAGCUGCAGCUGAUGGCCAUUGGCACAAAGUCAGGAGCCAUUAAAAUCUACGGGGCUCCUGGAGUCGAGUUCACAGGGCUACACAAAGACACCACCGCAGUAACUCAGAUCCACUUCCUUCCUGGUCAGGGUCGUCUCCUGUCGCUGCUGGAUGACAACACAAUUCACCUUUGGGAACUGGUGGUGGGGCUCCACAGAGAAGUGGGCGGAGCAAAGAAAGAGGGCGGAGUCUGUCUUAAACAAGUGGAUAAUUACACUCUGCCUGGAAGGCCAGGGAUUGAGAGCUGCAGCGCUACGCAUGUGACUGUCCUCCUCUUGCUGAAGUCAUGUGACCUGCUCUGCGUCGGAACAGAAGGAGGAGGCGUUUACUUUGUGGAGUUGCCCCGCCUCGAGUUAAGGGAGAGCCAGACGCUGCUGCAGGACCAGGUCACCCAGAGUCUGCCAGAUGAGUACAGAUGUGGGAAGUCAUUGGGUCCGGUUGAAUCCCUCCAAGAGCAUCCUCAGCAGCCAGGGAAGAUUCUGAUUGGCUACAGCCGCGGCUUGGUGGUCCUGUGGGAUCUGGGCACUCGCCACGCUGACCAGCUGUUCCUCGGCAAGCAGCAGCUGGAGAGCCUGGUGUGGGAACGCUCUGGAAGCCUGUUCGUCAGUUCCCAUAACGAUGGAGGAUACGCUGUGUGGCCCAUUACCAGUGGCAACUCUUGCACUCACCAGCCAGCGUCAUCCACCAUCCCGUAUGGUCCGUUUCCUUGCAAAGCCAUCAACAAAAUCCUCUGGAGGACUUCACAGACGGGUUCUCCGGUGCUGCUGUACAGCGGAGGGAUGCCCAGAGCCAGCUACGGCGACCGCCACUGUCUGACCAUCCAGCAGGACAAGGAGCACGUCACUCUGGACUUCACAUCCCGWGUCAUCGACUUCUUCACCAUCCACAGCAUGGAGCCGGACAGAGAGUUCGACGACCCGUCGGCUUUAGUGGUGCUGCUGGAAGAGGAGCUGGUUGUGAUUGACCUGCAGACCCCAGGGUGGCCCACCCUGCCCACGCCCUACCUCGCUCCCCUCCACUCUUCAGCCAUCACCUGCUCCUGCCACAUCUCCAGCGUGCCUCCUAAACUCUGGGAGAGGUUAAUCAACGCGGGCAAGGCGCAGCGGAGCCGGCAGCACACACACAUGAGCUGGCCCAUAUGUGGAGGAAAGAAUCUGGCGCCUCCACCCAAACAUCAAGAGCUGCUUUUGACCGGCAUAAAGAAGAGCACGUUUUCCACGCCAUUUCUGACGCUCAAGAGGAGGAACAACGACAAGAGCAGCCGGAACCUCUGUGUGUCAGGUACACACCACGGCCCCACGCUUUGGGCCGGCACCAACUCGGGCAGCGUGUACGCCUACGCUCUGGAGGUCCCCGGCGUGGGAUCGGGCCGYGCGUGUGAGCGGGGCGGAGCGAGCGAGAGCAGCACGUGCGUGGAGGCGGUGCUGGGUAAGGAGAUCCAGCUGAUGCACAGAGCGCCCGUGGUGUCCAUCAGCGUCCUGGACGGGCGAGGGAAACCGCUACCGGAUCCGUACGAAGCCUCACAGGACCUCGCCAUCGCUCCGGACAUGACCAACGCUCACUCUGUCCUCAUCGCCUCGGAGGAGCAGCUCAAGGUGUUCUCGCUMCCCAAAGUGAGCGCCAAGACCAAGUUCAAGUUGACGGCUCACGAAGGCUGCCGGGUGAGGAAAGUGGCCUUAGUUCUCUUCCACUCCGCUGCUCAGGAAGACUACAGCGAACACACACUCGUCUGCCUCACCAACCUCGGAGACAUGCACCUCUUCACCAUACCCGCCCUCCGACCUCAGGUGCGAUACGACUGCAUCCGCAAGGAGGACAUCAGUGGCAUUGCRUCCUGUGUCUUCACCAGAAACGGGCAGGGAUUUUACCUGAUCUCCCCUUCAGAGUAUGAAAGGUUUUCCCUUUCUGCCAAGGUUCUAACAGAACCGCUCUGCUCUGUGCAGCUGGACCGACCACUAGAGCCCACAGCUACCAGCGAUGGUACAACAAUGCACCCGCAGGCCAACGGGACCCACAGAAACCAAACGGGUCAGGCUGAGGGGCGAACGGAGGCGUCUCCCUGCACCCUGUCUUCUCCCAUCCUGGAGACCCCGCUGGACUCCCCCCUGAGCUGCGCCGACCUCACCCUGGACACCACCGGGGAGAUCACCGUGGAGGACGUCAGGGACUUUCUAACGACCGUGGACGAGGCCGAGAACAACCUGAGGAACAUGAAGGAGGAGGAGGGACGCUCCGCUGGCAUCCUCAUCAACUGAGGAGAGCUUCCUGGAGCAACUCGAGUGGUUUCCUCUGGAUCUCAGUGCUGGACCACAAACAUCUGACAUGGAGCCACCGAGGAUCUCUCCCUCCAUCCCUUACUGACCUGGUACAAGCAGGGAAGGAAGUCUUGUAGAUUCCUCCUGCUGGACGAACAAACUGCUUACCCAUAACCACUUUGGAAACGCGACAGUGCCCCGCUCCACACAUGCAGACACAGAAGGCCCAGCGUAGGCAGCAUCAUGGACGGACACGUCCUCCUCCUCUGCGCUCUGAAUGCGACUCGGCUAACUCUGUGAGGUUUCUGCACGGUUGGAGCCGGACGCGGUGCUCCGUCGCUAAACGUGCCACUCGAURGGAUGGAAUCACAGUAAAACAGAAGGUUCGAGGUUUUAAGUGUGGUAAAAAAAAAAAAAAAGCAAAACAAAAAAAGGUAAAUGAAGUAUUUUUUUGUGUGUGUGGGGGGGAGUUGUAGCAUCUCCAUUCCUCUGGAUUCCAACGAGAACUGCUGAUUUUUCUUCUUUUUUUUUUUUUCCUUUGGCUGUCCAGGAUGUGAGAAAGUUUAUGUUGGCAUUGAAGAAACGAGUACUGGAACAAUGUAGGUGUUUUAUACAGUUAAGAUUGUUGCUCUAUUGAAUGUUUUUAUGCUUAUAUGAGAAAAGUCUAGAUAUUUUAAUAACAAAUAGUUUGGGGGGUAAAGAGGAACAUCCCACACUGUGAUUUAAAAGGGAACCAGCUGGAGAAAUUUAUUAGGAAUCAUUGGGAACCAACGCAAGGUGAUGUUUACCAUUUACGUAGCAAAUAAAGUUYGACUUUUGAUCAUCUGCUCAAGUUGAAAACUGGGAUUUAAAUAAAAUGCUUUUUUUCAUAUAGAAAAUAAGAAUAACAUUUGGAGAAAGAUGAGGGAAAUGUAAGUGGUUCAAUAAGUUUGUAAAGUGUAAAAUGGUGCAUUGUGGGUCAUUUAGCCGGCGAGCUUCCAUCCUGCAGUGUUUUUAAACCCUUUUAAAAUUUUACAGACUCUCUGGGGGUCAACAAGGUCAGAGCCCUAAAAACAAACAAAAGGGCUYGGUGUAAAACCUGGAGUACAACUUCACUAAUGUAGCUCAGCUGGUAGAAUCAUUGAAUCACCUUUGUUUUCUGUUUUGUUUUAUGUGUCCUGAAUUGGACAUGUCAUUAACCCUUUCAUGCUACACGCAGCACAGKUUAGCAUUUUAAUCCCGCCAAGGAGAAGAGUUGUUCAGUUCCAUUUGUAGGAAUUAAUGAAGCUGUUUAGCAUUUUGGUUGAUGAACAAUUGUGAAUGUUAAUAAAAUGUAUUUACUCUGAAA